AGAAUUCAAUAAAGAGUAGCAGCUGUACUGGGAUCAGGAAAAGAAAGGGAGAAUGCAUUUCAUCUAAAACAGUUUAGGCCCUCAAGGAGUAAAGGAGAAAAUAGUAGAGGGGAUGGUGAUCAGACUGCAGAUAGUGCACAGUAAUUUAUGUUAUUAAUUUAAAUAGCACUCUUCACCUAAUAGGGGACCACCGGACUGGAUAAGAGUUGGAAACAGCAGCGCAUGUUAGACAGUAGGAAGUACAGAUCAGAGAGAGGAUACUGUCGGAAAAGGGGGAGAAAGCAAGGAGUGUUCAAUGUGGGCAUGAAGGACAUACGGGAGCCAAAUAUACAAUGGAGAAGAGCAGUAUUUAUUUUUUUAAAUAACUGAACUGUUAUUAAGGAUAUGAGAGUAAUGUAUGUAGGGAGAGAUUAAAACCAGAAUAUGGCAACAAUUCAACAGUUGGGAUGCCGGAUGCUGUAAAACCCCGAAGAAGAAGAGGGUAGUAGCCAGCUAGUGAUACUAGAGAUGAGCAGUGACUACCUGAUAGCUGGCACUACGCACAUUUGCGUUUUUUUCUACUAAACCAGCCCCGGAAUCGUUGUUGUAGGACGCUCAGACGACCUUUAACCAAAGGGGAGAACAAAAUGGAGAUGCUGUGUUUCCGUUUACCGGGUCACGGCGACAUGACCCUGAAGCACAUGAACUCGUUGAGGACCCGGCAGCAUUUCUGUGAUAUCACCAUUGUUUCCAGUGACAAACAGACAUUCAGGGGACACAAGGUGGUUCUGGCUGCCUGCUCACCCUUUCUGAGAGACCAGUUCCUCCUUAACCCACACUCUAAGCUUCAGGUGUCAAAUUUGUACAGCUCCACAGUGAUGUAUGAUCUUCUCCAGUCAUGCUAUACUGGGGUACUGCAGUUUAACCCAGAGGAGAUCGUCAACUACCUGACUGCUGCCAGCUACUUACAGAUGGAGCACAUUGUUGAGCGUUGCAGAAAAGCUCUAAAGAAAUAUAUGCAGCUAAAGAACCCUAGUCCACCAAAGAUGUCUGCAGAGGAGAGUCGGCCUCAGCCAGUGAUCGUCAACGGCACCAUUCACUCUGUUGCAUCUCCUCUUAGUAGUCAACAGUCUCCUGAACACCACCACAGUCCUCUGGUUUGCUCAGAUGAGGAGAAAACCAGCAGUAUGUCUGCUCAGGGUAGCAGCCAGCACCACGACAGUACUAUGGGGAAUCCUGCAUGUAUUAAGGUAAAUGCAUCUGAUGACGAGGAAGAGGUGAGACAGGAGGACUAUGAUGUGUUCAGGGUGUAUGUUUCUGAAGAGGAGCAGAUAAACAAAGACAUGGACGAUGAGAGAGGAGCUCCCUCUGAUGGACCUCAAGAUGCUUUUUAUCCAGAGACAGAAGGUGUCAUGAUCGGGGGAGAAGGCAGAGAGUACAGCUUGAAUGGGACAGAAUUAGACCUCAGUAUGGGAGGCGUUGCCGUGGAAGCACUCAGAGCAUUCAGACGCAGGUUGUCUGACUCUAAGGUUGGUCGGGGCAGAGGAAGAGGCAGAGGGAAAGGUUUCAAGAGGAGAAGGUGGGCAUCUCAGGAGAAAAGACCUACAGGUGUGACCCACCACGAGGACUUGUGGUACCUGACAGCUGCUGGCAUGGGAGGGGCCAUGGGGCAGGACUAUAGCCAAGAUGGGCUGAAAGCAGGAAGUUAUAUGUCAGUCGAAUUUCCACGUUUAGACUUCAGUGCAGGGGACGCUCUCGGAGAAAAAGUCUCACCAGUGCCUGCCAGCACCCUGAACCAUUAUUCUCUGGAGGAGUCUGGUUGUGGUGUUGGUGAGGGCAGUUCAGGUUUGGCAACAGUUGGAGCAAAUGAGGGAGGAGAUGAGUCUGUUGCCGUGGUGGGGUCUACCUCCAGUGUAGCCGGCCCAGUCAUUUGUGAACAUUGUGGCUUGACAUUCCCCUCUGCCCACUCCCUAGCCAUCCACUCCCGCUCCACUCACCUCCUGUAUGCCUGCCCCUGCUGUGGUAAACACUUCCACCACUCUGCCAACCUCACCCGACACAUGGCUGUGCACAGAGGGGCCGGCAAAACCCACCAGUGCCCUCUGUGCUAUAAGACCUUCACCCAAAAAUCCACACUGAUAGAUCACAUGAACCUCCACAGCGGCGAGCGCCCACACCGCUGCGCCUACUGCCACGCUCGCUUUGCCCACAAGCCUGCCUUACGUCGCCACCUGAAGGAGCAGCAUGGAAAAACCACAGGGCAGAACUCCCUACACGAGCAGGAGGAGAUCGAGCGAGCAAGAGGUGCAGCAGAAAUACAAGUGGAGGAGCAAAAGCACCUGGAUCCUGAACAAGGAUCAUAGGCCAAAGCACAAAAAACAGCAGAUGUCUUGGGUAAGGUGCUGGAGCUUCUCAAAAUAAUGAGCCAAGAGCUGAGGUUGUGGGAGUCAUGAUCACAGUGCUGAGAAUAUGACGCCUGUUAAAACACGAAAAUAAAAAAACAUUCAUAUGGAAUUCUUCCCAUAGAAGAUUUGACACUGAGAAAAGGUCUUCUACCAGUAGGAAAACACACAUGGGAUAAAACCCAUGUUAAUUUUUAUUGUUUACACCUGUGUUCUGCCAGUGACAUGUCAAAAUAGGCUCAUUGGAGAUAAGUCAGAUCAGCAGAUCACCACACAGAUGGUUAGUUCUUUAUUUGGGACCAUCCUGAAACUCUAAAGCAUAUGUGGUGGUAACACAAGAUCAAGGCUGACUGCAAUAAAUGAGAAUUUUAAACCAUGUUUGUGUAAAAUAUUUUAGUACUGUGAUUAAAUCUAAGUCUAAAUUGCCUUUUAUAGCACCUUACUACUUCCCCCGUCCUGUUACCUCCUGGUCUCAUCUCAAAUCUCAAAUGACCCAAGCAUCUUUUGGGAGACUGGGCUCUAGUUUCACGUCUUGUUCGAUGACAUAGUUUGGCUCAAACGUGCUACGUGUUCAGUAAGCACACUCCAAAGAACAACUAAAGUUUAAAGAAAUUGGGAACUUUUUUUGUAAUGUGUAAAUAUUUGUCAAAUGUGUCACAUCCCGACAAGGAUGAAUGAAAAUUAAAGCCACUACACUGCCACA